UAUUUGCACACCUGCGAAUGGGUAUCUCUAGGUCGUUGUAGUCGGUAUGUCUUUGUGGUUCCGUUUCUCUUAUUUUUUGACAUGAACGAUUCACGUAUCCCAGUUGUGCAGGCGAGUCCCACCGAGGGCUCUUCCUCGCUACGCAGAACCUCGAAUCGCCCGCCUGAUGUGUCUUCAACUGGGAGAACUAAUGGUGAAGAGUACCGUGUGGAUGCAGGAUAUCGUCCAAUAUCCGAAUCAUGUUUCGUUGGUGCGUGACUUUUCACUUGUAAUGAUUGGCAUAGAGAAGUUUCGGACACGUCAGCGCGAGUGAAGAGUGCAUGUCCUUCAUUUUCCGGUGCGUGACUUCUUUGUUUGGUACGCCUGCUUACCGUGUAAGCAUCCCAAUGUCUGGGCCUCUUGAGUCUUGUUACGGUUCGACUUGCCCCAUCUUUAGGUUUUGCUUUCUUCUACAAUGAGACACUUAGAUGGGAUAGCAUGUAUACUCCGAGUUACGUAGGGUCAAUAGUGUUGGUCUCUUGGUUAUCCAGUUUCAACCUUCGCUAGCUAGUCGCUUUGAAG